CGGAGUCGAGGGCCUCGCUACACGGGGCGAGGUGGGCCGGGCCUGGUGGAGCAAGCUAGUUGAGGCCGCGGCCGCGUCCUCGUCCCCUCCGGGGGCGGCUCGGCCUCGCGGAGGCGCGUCUAUCCCGGCGGGCCCUCGGCCUCACCGGAUGACCGCCUGAGGGCCGUAAGAGACUUUUUGCAGACGGGGAAUCUGAGGCAGGCCUUUGCGCCCUGUGUUUCCUCACCUGUAAAACGAGGGGGUCGGAUUGGUCGCCCAGUGUAGGAUCGAGGCCCGACUCUUCCAUCAGGCCACACCGGGAGCGAGGGAGCGAGCCGGGCUGCUCCCGUUUUAUGGAUGGGGGAGCGGAGUGGUGGUGCUGGGGCCGCAGACUCUGGCUUGCCGUUUCUGGUCUCGAGUCCCAAGAAGGCGCCCCUUCCUUCAGCUGCGUGGCAGCUUUCUAGCUGCUUAGACAACGCGUGUGGGUUGAAAGACUCGAACUCUUCCUCUCAGUCUUUCCUUCCUGCCUCAGACAAGCCUUGAUCGCCAGGAGGAGUUUGGUGGCUUCUUUCCAUUUCUAAGGAGGAGGCCCUAAAGAUGUUCUCCAGUGACUUCAGUGUGGAGCCUGAGCUGAUGCACAAAACGCCAUCUCAGAGGGACCGCUGGAGGAAGAAACAGUUUUCCUCCAUGCAGGAUGAGAACAAGCACCCAACCAGGAAAAGGUUGUCCCGCCGUGAGAAACUAAGGAGCCGUCGACACAACCACCAGCUACUUCGGAGUAAAGAUAAGCCGGAGAAGUUGGUUCUGGUGGCAGCUGACAAUAGCUCCGUCCCUCGUGGUACUUGAACCCAAGCAGGAGCAGCCUCCUCGCCCCCUGAAUCACCCACGGUGCUCCCCAAAAUGCCUGUGAACCUGGCAGCAGUGGAUGGGCUUGUGCCCAUUAUAUAGAUCAGCGUCAGCAAGAAGCAGAGUGCUGAAAAUUACCUGGUGGCAAAUAAGACCAAGACAGCUGUCCUCAGCUUGGGCUGCAAAGAUGAAUCGAUGCCCAAACAGCAGGCAGAAAGCCUCCCUGAACCAGCUCCUGGGACCUCCUUGGUGGUGCCCACUGAGGUGCCUGAGAUGAAAGCUGCGGGAUCUGUGGCCAAACUCCAGAUAGCCCAGCCAGUGACUGUGAUGACCAAGCCGGGCAGGGCACCCUCCUCACCAGGAACAGAGACCCAGCCAGAGACUGAGCUCCUCUUGGACUUGCUGGAAAGCCCUCAGACCCUGAUAGGCCCCUGCUGUGACCGGCGCUCGGUGCGUAGGAGCCUGGUGUGCAAAUCCUCACAAGCCCACAGGGCCUCCUUGAUUCGUAAAGACUCCGUUGUCCUGAAGAAGAUCUGCUCUGCUCGACUGGUCCGGGAGCCAGCAGUCACCGGUCGCAUCA